CGUUGACGAACCUCAUCACAAUCUCCUUCCUGCGAGAAAGUCACCCUUCGUCUCCAUCGACGACGGUUAUGGCCAGUACACUCCUGCGGCGGCAACUUGCGCUGCCGAGGCGCUCCCUUUUGCGCUCAUUCUCCUCCUCAGUCGCCCGUCGUCAGCCAGAGGUCGUACAACCCGAUACCAAUGGAACAAACAAUUUGUAUCAGACUCAUACGGUAGAAGACUUACAAGGCAUGAGCGCGGCAGAAAUUCUGAAAGAGACCGGGACAAGAGCAGACGCGAAGUUGCGGCACUUUACUGUGAACUUCGGCCCCCAACACCCUGCUGCUCACGGGGUGCUGCGAAUGAUCUUGGAAUUGAAUGGAGAGGAAAUUCUGCGCGCUGAUCCGCAUGUUGGUCUCCUCCACCGAGGAACUGAAAAGCUGAUUGAGUACAAGACAUAUGUCCAAGCUCUUCCCUACUUCGAUCGGCUCGACUAUGUUUCCAUGAUGACCAACGAACUAUGCUACUCGCUCGCAGUCGAAAAGCUCCUCAAUAUCGAGGUUCCCGAACGUGCAAAGUGGAUUCGUACCUUGUUUGGUGAAAUCACGCGUAUCCUUAGUCACUUGAUGGCUGUCUUAUCCCAUGCCAUGGACGUUGGUGCUCUUACCCCCUUCUUGUGGGGCUUUGAAGAACGCGAAAAGCUCAUGGAGUUCUAUGAGCGUGUAUCUGGUGCUCGACUCCACGCCGCCUACGUCCGUCCCGGUGGUGUCGCCUUUGACAUCCCGCACGGUCUCCUGGAGGAUAUACACAUAUGGGCAACGCAAUUCUCUUCUCGUGUCGAUGAAAUCGAAGAAGUCGUGACCGGCAACAGAAUAUGGAAACAGCGAACUGUCGGGAUUGGUGUAGUAACUGCCAAGGAAGCCCUGGAUUACGGCUUCACGGGUGUCAUGCUACGAGGUAGUGGUAUCCCUUGGGAUUUAAGAAAAGUGCAGCCUUAUGACAAAUAUGAUGAGGUUGAAUUCGAUGUCCCGGUCGGAAAGAAUGGUGAUUGUUACGACCGGUACCUUUGCAGAGUCCAGGAGUUCCGCGAGUCACUGCGCAUCAUCCACCAGUGUUUGAACAAAAUGCCGAUAGGCGUCAUCAAGGUAGACGACAACAAACUCGUUCCACCACCCCGUGCUUCGAUGAAAGAAAGUAUGGAGGCACUGAUUCAUCACUUCAAGCUUUUCAGCGAAGGCUACUCAGUACCACCAGGUGAGACUUACAACGCCAUUGAGGCUCCUAAGGGAGAGAUGGCUGUUUACCUGGUCUCGGACGGUACCAAUCGCCCAUACCGAUGCAAAAUUCGUGCUCCCGGCUUUGCCCAUCUCGCGGGUUCAGACUUCAUGAUGAGACAUGUGAGAUCAACAAAUAUGAUCCUACCAUUGAACCACUAACUGUUCCUCCUUCUAUAGCACAUGCUUGCUGACGCUGUCGCCAUCAUCGGUACUAUGGAUCUUGUGUUUGGUGAGGUGGACCGAUAGACACUGCCUACCAAUGUAUACCAUGGUUCUUUUAAUAUACAGUGAUAUCAUGCGCUUGAACUGAUGAUUACCUCGGGUUAUUGAAACAAUUCGUGACCCUCGGUUCUCAAAAACGCACUUAAUGUGCACUCACAAACUUGUCUCGCAAUCUCCAGAUGGCCUUCACUUUUGCCGUUCGGUACUCAAUGCAAGGUUUUGACACGGUCCACGUACUUGCUGUUUGCUCAGAUAAAGAAAAUACCUUUGGACGAGUAUGCGGAUUGAGGAUGAGUGGUAGCGGUUGGAACGAGCUACCUC